AUGUAUAGCUGGAUGGAUGAAUAGAUGAAUGUAUAGAUGAUGGAUGGAUGAAUGAAUAGACGAAUGUAUAGAUGGAUGAAUAAAUGACUAUAUAGAUGGAUGAAUAAAUGAAUGUAUAGAUGGAUGAAUGAAUGUAUAGAUGGAUGGAUGGAUGAAUGAAUGUAUAGAUGGAUGAAUAAAUGAAUGUAUAUAUGGAUGGAUGGAUGAAUGAAUGUAUAGAUGGAUGAAUAAAUGAAUGUAUAUAUGGAUGGAUGGAUGAAUGAAUGUAUAGAUGGAUGAAUAAAUGAAUGUAUAGAUGGAUGGAUGGAUGGAUGACUGUAUAGAUGGAUGGACGGAUAAAUGACUAUAGAUGGAUGGAUGAAUAAAUGAAUGUAUAGAUGGAUGAAUAAAUGAAUGUAUAGAUGGAUGGAUGAAUGAAUGUAUCGAUGGAUGAAUAAAUGAAUGUAUAGAUGGAUGGAUGAAUGAAUGUAUCGAUGGAUGAAUAAAUGAAUGUAUAGAUGGAUGAAUAAAUGAAUGUAUAGAUGGAUGGAUGAAUAAAUGAAUGUAUAGAUGGAUGGAUGGAUAAAUUAAUGUAUAGAUGGAUGGAUGAGUAGAUGAAUGUAUAGAUGGAUGGAUGAGUAGAUGAAUGUAUAGAUGGAUGGAUGAAUUAAUGAAUAGAUGAAUUUAUAGAUGGAUAGAUCAACAAAUGAAUUGAUAGAUGAUGGAUGGAUGAAUAAAUGAAUGUAUAGCUGGAUGGAUGAAUAGAUGAAUGUAUAGAUGAUGGGUGGAUGAAUGACUGUAUAGAUGGAUGGAUGAAUAAAUGAAUAGACGAAUGUAUAGAUGGAUGAAUAAAUGAAUUUAUAGAUGAUGGAUGGAUGAAUGAAUGAAUGUAUAGAUGGAUGAAUAAAUUAAUGUAUAGAUGGAUGGAUGAAUGAAUGUAUAGAUGGAUGAAUAAAUGAAUGUAUAGAUGGAUGGAUAAAUGAAUGUAUAGAUGGAUGAAUAAAUGAAUGUAUAGAUGGAUGGAUAAAUGAAUGUAUAGAUGGAUGAAUAAAUGAAUGUAUAGAUGGAUGGAUGAAUAAAUGACUGUAUAGAUGGGUGGGUGGAUGGAUGGAUGGAUGGAUGAAUAAAUUAAUGUAUAUUUGUAUAGAUGGAUGGACGGACGCUGGACCUUAAAAGCAGUUACUCAGAUCACCUUGAGAACUUUCCCACAGCUUGCUGCUGAAACUCGGUGAACUUCUGAUGAAACUCUCUCUGACUCUGAAACUGAUUUCAUUACUAAAUGAUGAAGCCCAAAGAAGUCGCGCGGCUCCUUUUAACUGGGUUUUCUCCGCGCUGUAAACUUUAUUUUACUGCUUUAAGGUGAAGAAAUGAAGAUUUCCUCCUUAUCUGCACUCUCUAACCGCAGCUCGUGCGCGCACGGGCAAACAGGAAGUGCACGCGUCACGUCACGCGAGUUUCGUUUGCAGGAUAAAGGCAACGCCUUUCAGGUGUGUAAAACAUGGUCCAACAGCUUAACCUGUUCGAGCGCAUGGACACACACUGAGAUCAGGUGUGAGUCGGAAGACUGUGUUCCUCAGAGGUUCUCGGAUCUUCUGCCAUGUAUCAGACACUUAAAGCUGAUUGUCAGUGUGACUGAGUCUGCUCAUCGGGAGACUGGACUGUGGGUUCUGCAGCAGGUUCUAUCCAGGGGUGAUGGCCGACUGCGCCGGUUAUGCAUCAGCUGUUUGGGGAACCCACCUCUGUUUUACGCGGGACAGGACCUGCUACAGGGAUUGGUGGACGUCUUGACAAACGGGUCAUCCCUCAUGGUGCUGGAUCUGAGAGGCGUGCCGUUCACCCUGAGCGACAGCUUUGUCAAGAGCGUCGCCACGCUCUGCCCCGCCCUGCGAAGUCUCUUCAUCAAUAACAGUUCUCUGGUGUGCGGCGUCGUCUCGGAGACAAUCAGGGACGUUCUGAAACGCUGUCCAGCGCUGAACACCAUCGGGCUCUUCCAAGCCAGCGUGUCUCAUGAUGUCCUCCGGGACCUCCUCCAACCCCAGAGGACAGAACUGAAGCUGCUGGAGCUGCGUUGCGAGCGCUCGCUGAAGUACGUCACGCCGCUCUGCGACCAAGUCUGGGAAGACAUGAGACGCAGGCAUCCCGGAUUGAGAGUGGACCUGGAGCUGGACCACACACUCCCGGAGCUGCAGGUUCCCAGCGUUCUUCAGCCCAGCAUCCCUGUGAGAGAGCUCCGCCUCCACACGUGGACCUGGCUACUGGAUGAGAUACGCAUCGUGGCGCAGAGUUACGCGGGAACGCUGGAGGUGCUCGAACUGCAGACUACAGCGUCCCCCGAGCUCAACACGGCGCUGGUCGACUUGGCAACGCAGUGCACCAAACUCCGCGAGGUUCACUGUUACUGCGUGGUUUCACAGAACGUGAUCGAGGCGUUCCGCUCACUGUGUCCCGACUUACACAGAUACACACUUAAAACACGCAAAGAGCGGCACCCCUGGUCCUGCACCACUCUUAGAUAACACACACACACACACACACACACUUCUAUACUCUUUUACACCACAGCGCUGUUAAGUUCUGGAUUGUGAUUGGUCAGGAGUUGAUUAAUUUUCUAUAACAGCAUCUCUGACAGUAGUGCAUCUGCAUGUCACAGGUUCAUUUAUAAUUAAUGCGCUCGUUGUGAUAUGUUAUGGUUUCUAUAGUGACAGCUCGUUCACAGGGACUCGUACGGCAGACGCUCCACUGAUGAUUAAAAAAAAAAAGUGUGAAAUCAUUGAUCUAUAAUCUAUACUGCAAAAUGACAUUUCUACAUAGAACCCUAUAGCAGAGUUUCAUAAGAAGUAGAACUCUUUAGAAAGCGAGAACCAAUAGCUACCCUCAGACCUCGAGGAACCUUCUUUCUAAGGUUUUCUUCUUCUUCUUAUUAGACACUGUAAUGAGGCACAAUGUUAAAUGAAUUUACUCGAGCAUAUGGAGUGCGGGUGUAAAUGGAAUAUUUCAGUUCAC